CGUGGCUGCGUGCGCGCGCGCGCGUGUAUGUAGGUUCAAUGGAUUGCUGAGCACGUCUUCGUCCUUUUGCGACUUUGAUUGGCUCCUUGUUACGACCCAGAUCGGUAUUACUCGUGAUGAAUGCGUUUUUGCAUCUGGGAAGCUCGACCAUGAAGCCUGCUUGUAGAAUUCUGUUUGCCACCAGAUGUCCUGUGCCGUUUGGAUUCAUUCCUGCCAAGUGUAACCGUGCGGGAUCAAUGGGUGCUUUGGCGAGCUCCCGCGUCGAUUUCGGCCGAUGCCUUUUGCACGCCGAUCGAUGCCGGGCCGUGGAUUUCGGCCGCGCAAUUGAUGGGGUCCGGAACACUCUUUGCGUGCCCGGGUCGGGUUUCGGGCGGCCCGGGAAUUUGUUGAAAUCGCGCGGUUUUCGUGGUAAUGUUAGUCAUAGAGGGGUUGUGGUUGUUGCUAAUGCUGUUAGGAGUUUGUCGACUUCGGUGGAGACCCGUGUGAAUGACAAGAAUUUCGAGAGGAUUUAUGUCCAGGGUGGAAUGAAUGUGAAGCCGUUGGUGGUUGAAAGGAUUGAUAAGGAUGAGAAUAUUGUAGGAGGGGAGGAUUCUAGUGUAAAAGUUGUUGAUGAUAACAUAAAUUUGGAGAAAUCUAAGGCUGGUCUGAACGAGUCCAAUGAUGUUAGUGCUAAGAGAGAGGAAAGUCGGGUCGAAAAGGAGGCGUGGAGGUUAUUGCAGGAUGCUGUUGUUAUGUACUGUGGGAGCCCCGUGGGGACCAUGGCGGCGAAUGACCCGGCGGAUAAGCAGCCACUGAAUUAUGAUCAGGUGUUUAUUCGUGACUUUGUGCCGUCUGCCCUAGCCUUCUUGCUCAAGGGAGAAGGAGAGAUUGUGAGGAACUUUCUCCUUCACACAUUGCAAUUGCAGAGUUGGGAGAAGACAGUGGAUUGUUACAGUCCUGGGCAGGGUUUGAUGCCUGCAAGCUUUAAAGUUAGGUCCGUGCCUCUUGAUGAAAAUAAAGUUGAAGAGGUUUUAGAUCCUGAUUUUGGCGAGUCAGCUAUUGGGCGUGUUGCCCCUGUAGAUUCUGGGUUGUGGUGGAUUAUCCUGCUAAGGGCUUAUGGGAAGAUCACUGGUGAUUAUGCAUUGCAAGAGAGAGUGGACGUCCAGACUGGCAUCAAAUUGAUUAUGAACCUGUGUUUAACUGAUGGUUUUGAUAUGUUCCCUUCUCUGCUUGUUACUGAUGGCUCCUGUAUGAUAGAUCGAAGGAUGGGUAUCCAUGGUCACCCUCUGGAAAUUCAAGCUUUAUUCUAUAAUGCACUGCGAUGCUCUCGGGAGAUGCUUAGUGUAAAUGAUGGCUCCAAGAAUUUGGUGAGGGCAAUCAACAAUAGGCUGAGUGCUCUUUCUUUCCACAUUAGAGAAUAUUAUUGGGUAGAUAUGAGGAGGAUAAACGAGAUUUACCGUUAUAAAACAGAGGAAUACUCAACAGAUGCCACCAAUAAGUUCAAUAUCUAUCCGGACCAAAUUCCCUUGUGGUUAAUGGAUUGGAUUCCAGAGAAUGGCGGUUAUCUGAUUGGCAAUCUGCAGCCAGCUCACAUGGAUUUUAGACUCUUCACCCUUGGGAAUCUUUGGUCAAUUGUUUCCUCAUUAGGUACCCCAAAGCAAAAUGAAGCUAUUCUGAAUUUGAUUGAAUCCAAAUGGGAUGAUCUUAUUGGGCAUAUGCCUCUAAAGAUCUGUUAUCCUGCUUUGGAGCAUGAAGAUUGGCGUAUAAUUACUGGAAGUGAUCCAAAGAACACUCCUUGGUCAUAUCAUAAUGGAGGCUCUUGGCCAACCCUUCUGUGGCAGUUCACAUUGGCAUGCAUCAAGAUGGGAAGACCGGAAUUAGCCGAGAGGGCAGUAGCCUUGGCUGAGAAGAGACUUUCAGAGGACCGUUGGCCAGAAUACUAUGAUACUAGAACUGGGAGGUUCAUUGGAAAGCAAUCACGACUCUUCCAAACGUGGACAGUUGCUGGUUUCUUGACCUCGAAAAUGCUUCUGGAGAACCCGGAGACAGCAUCGAAUCUGUUCUGGGAGGAGGACUACGAGCUACUCGAAGUCUGCGUCUGCGCACUGAGCAAGUCGGGAAGGAGGAAAUGCUCUCGAGGUGCUGCGAGGUCUCAGAUACUGGUCUGAGAGGCCGAGUUCAUUACCAGACACGGGGCUCGCUUGAUCUUCGCAUGAUUCGGUAUUACGGAUUCUUGUCUAACAAAGGCUACAUUCUUUUGAGGGCGGUAGAACACCUCACGUAUUUGUACAGUUACUGAGUUUAGGAUAUAGACUUGUAGAGCUUGGAGCCGCAAGUUCUUACUUGAUAGUGAGAGCAUAAGGGUUACCGGUCAUUUAUACAUAGUUGUUAACUUGUUAGCCAAUCAAUUACUACGUUGAUUGGAAUAGACUCUGCACAAGUGAAAUGUGGUGAUAGAGAUAGGAAAUUAGCAAAGACUUCAUGUGAUUCUUGGUCUGUAACUUAUACACAUCAAUAGUGUUCACUUGCACAGAGUGUUCUGGCAUUUUGUUAUUAGUUACCUGAAAUGUCGUCAUUUAUGUCCU